AAGCUUAAAAUCAGGGCCCAACAAACCCAAGCCCAAUAAAUGUUCAUAUCCAGAAAUCCCUAACCCUAGGCCGCAAUAUAUACCUUCUCAGACAUUGUAAGCGGAUCGGCAGCCUCUGCACUCUCCCGAGCUUCAUUUCAUCGUCUUUCUUGUUUCCUAUACUAUCACCAUGGCGGACGUAGAACACGAUAUGGCGGCCGGGCAGCCAAAGAAGAGGACGUUCAAGAAGUUCAGUUUCAGAGGCGUCGAUCUCGAUGCACUCCUCGACAUGCCGACCGAUCAACUCGUCAAGCUCUUCAGCGCCCGUGCUCGGAGAAGGCUCGGAAGGGGUUUGACGAGGAAGCCCUUGGCUUUGAUUAAGAAGCUCCGCAAAGCGAAACUUGAGGCCCCAGCAGGCGAGAAGCCUGACCUAGUGAAGACUCAUUUGAGGAACAUGAUUAUUGUUCCGGAGAUGAUUGGCAGUGUAAUCGGAGUUUACAAUGGCAAGACAUUCAACCAGAUUGAAGUGAAGCCAGAGAUGAUUGGGCACUAUCUGGCGGAGUUCUCCAUCUCCUACAAGCCCGUCAAGCACGGUAGGCCGGGUAUUGGUGCCACUCACUCUUCAAGGUUCAUCCCUCUCAAGUGAUCUGUCACACCCUUCGAAUUUUAUGCUUUCUUUUGCAUUUCUGCUCAACCCAUGAAUGUGAGAAGACCCUAGUAAUUUUUUUUACUUUUACAGACUGCUGGUUGUUGGCACUCAUGAAUCUGCUUAUUGCAUUUUGUUUUAACUUGUUUUUCACUACGUACUUUGCUACCUUCUAAGAGAGCUUUCUAUUCCGGGGUUGGCUUUUUUCAUCUCUUAUGUGUGAUAACUCAUUAUUUUUUAGUGAUUAUUUUGCACUUUUUUUUGGCUAAGUGUAUCUUGGAAAGAACCUUCCUACUACUGAGACUGAGUAGGGAUUAA